AAAAAAAAGAAGAGCAUGCUCAUCCUAUUUCUCUUUCUUCUUGCUGCUGUAUUCUCUUCUUCACUACUUUUUCUUUCUCUUCUUCACAAACCUUAGCUAUUUCUUCCUCGCAUGUUCUCUAGGUAGGUAGGGGUAUGUCGGUAAUAUUAGUCUAAUACUGUGGAUACGUUGGUCCAAUAGCGAUGAAUUGACGUGGACUCCAUUAAAGACUGCAGAAUGCAGGAGAAAGCAGUUGCACUCCAGCACGCCUCAGACGUACAGUCAGGCACUAUCACUGAGAACUUCCUCCGUUUUCUUCCUCCAUUCUCGUUUUCCUCUGCAACCAGCGGACAUGAAGCAAUUCAGAAGAAAUCCUAUUUGCCCUGAAUCUCCAUUUGUUUGGGAUGGAAAUGGAUUCUCGCGGUGCUUCAAUAACUUAUAUCCUUUAUUGUUAUUAUUAUUAUUCUUGUGCAUUGAGUGUUUGUUUAUACCGCAGUUCGACACAAUAGUGCUAUUUCUUUAUGUGAAUUGUUGGGUUUCCUUAUCCAUCUUUACAGUUUUAGGUUUUGGAGUAAAUGCUGCUACUAUUAUUAUGAUUUUCAUGCUUGGAUUCAUUCGAAGGAAUGCCAGAGCAAAUUCGAGAACAAACCUUGCAGAGAAGGUUCUUUUGCAUCUUGUACCUCUUGUUGGAGCAUGUUUGUCAUGCAUGGAUGUUAUCCUGGUUUUGAAGAAAAAACUUGAUGGAGAUUUUAUUAUAUAUCAUGAAUGGCUUUUCAGAUGUUCCCGGUUUGCAGCCUGGACAACUAUCCUUUUCUGCUCGAGGUCUGCCUACUUUCAGUGCAUAUUUUGUGAUCUGAUCUUAUGCAUCUGGUGGACUGUAAAACCACUGCUCGAAAUCCUUCAUUUGGGAGCGUCUUUUUCUUCGUUGAAGAUCUUUGGAUGUCUAAAAGAGAGCAGCAUUGUUUUUCUGGAUAUCAUGUUUGGCAUAUUUAUUAACUAUAUCAGGAUAAAGCGAGCAUCUCCAA